UGCUCAAACGAGGUGAUUAUACGCAUUUUGUUAGUAUCUUAUUAGUUUCAACUGCACUAACUGAGCGUACAAGUCAGUAAUGGCAUCGGAAGGUUGCCAGUUGUUUCUGAGCAAAUGUGUUGUUAUCGAGAGUGAAAUUAUAGACGGCGGAAUAUUAGUUAGUGAUGGAAUUAUUGAGAAGAUCCUAUCAAGACCAGACGUUAACAAACUUAUAGAUAAAAGUGAUAAAAAAAUAAAGGUGAUCGAUGGCGGCGACUGGGCAUUGCUGGCCGGGGUGGUGGACUCGCAUGUGCACGUGAAUGAGCCCGGCCGCACGGCGUGGGAGGGCUUCCGCACCGCCACCAGCGCAGCUGCAGCCGGCGGCAUCACCACUGUCGUCGAUAUGCCCUUGAACUCCAUUCCUCCAACUACUAAUCUGGAUAAUCUUAAAACGAAGGCCAAAUCUGCGGAGGGCAAUAUUUACGUUGAUGUUGGUUUCUGGGGAGGAGUUAUUCCAGGCAACCAGGAUUCGUUACGGGAUCUUGUGAAGGCUGGAGUGGUUGGAUUCAAAUGCUUUCUCUGUCCGAGUGGAGUGGAGGAGUUUCCGAACGUCACAGCCGAAGAUCUCGAGGAGGCAUUUGAGGCUCUUGAAGGAACGGAUUCUGUUUUGGCGUUUCAUGCAGAAGUCGAAGAUGAUAAUGAACCUGUAAGAAAGAAAAAGACUAAGAAAGAUCCUGAAGAAUAUACAACUUAUUUAGAGUCACGGCCGCCGAAUAUGGAAUUAAAUGCGAUAUCUCUUAUAUCCAAAUUUGUGGAAAAAACCAACGUCCGUGUCCACAUCGUGCACGUGUCGUCUGCCGACGUGGUGCCGAUGCUGGAGCGAGCCCGCAAGCAGCGGACGGCAGCCGGCCAUGCGGGUUGGCGCGCCGGCGUCACCGCCGAGACCUGCCACCACUACCUCACGCUCAACGCAGAGGACGUGCCCAGGGGACACAGCGAGUACAAGUGUGCCCCACCCAUCAGGACCAAAGAUAAUAAGGAGAAACUGUGGAAGUAUUUAUUAGAAGAUAAAUUGGACAUGGUCGUAUCGGAUCACUCGCCCUGCACCCCGGAACUGAAGUGCAAUAAUAAUUUAGAAGCCUGGGGCGGCAUUUCUUCAGUGCAAUUUGGUUUAUCGAUAUUCUGGACAAAUGCAAGCAAACGAGGGUUGAACCUGCAAUCAAUAAGCAAAUAUUUGAGUUAUAACACUGCUAAGCUGUGUGGCCUUCAAAAUCGAAAGGGGGCGCUGAAACCUGGACUGGAUGCUGACCUGGUUUUCUUCGACCCCGAUGCCACUUUUGUAGUCACGGCUGACAAAAUACGACAUAAGAAUAAGUUGACACCGUACUUGGGUAGAGAGCUGAAGGGCGUGGUCAAGCAGACGUAUCUUCGCGGGCAACUUAUCUUCGAUGAUGGCGAAGUCUUGCAGAAACCAGUGGGGACAAUGUUGUUAAAUAAUGAUUAGGUAGUUUAUUUAUUUCAAAUAUAAAUAAGAUUUUAAAUGUAAUAAUUAUGUUUUUUAUUUCAUUAAAAUUCGGGUCUGAUUAUGUAUAAAAAGAUUUACUUUGAGUAAAGCUAUAAGCUGAUACACUACUGCUGUCGAAUGCUUGUUUGUCCCUAAAUUUUCCUCGUUAAAUCCUAGACAGUUUUAUUAUU